AUGGUGUUCGCACCGGAAGAGAAGGGGCAGCUCUCCCAGCCAUCUUGUGGCAGCAUCCAGCGAUUUGUUCGCAUCAAGCCUCGUAGAAUCGGAGGUGAAUCCCGUUGAAGGGGCGCCAUCAUGCCCGGACACCUGCAAGACGGCUUCGGCUGUGUCGUAACCAAUCGGUUCGACCAGUUAUUGGACGAUGAGUCCGAUCCGUUUGAGAUCCUGAAAGCAGCCGAAAACAAGAAGAAGGAGGCGGCCGCUGCUGGUUCCACCAAGACCGCGGCUCAAGCCGCCAGGCAACCCAGGAAGGAGUCACAGAAGGACAGAAAGAACCCGCUUCUGGACAAGAAAGAGGAGACCCAACCUCCAGUUCCCUUGAAGAAAGAAGGUAUCAGGCGGGUGGGUCGAAGGCCAGACCAGCAGGGCCAGCCUGGUUCCCAGCAUCAGGGUGGUCAGGGUGAGGGCCGACCUGGAGACAAGAGGCCGGACAGAAGACCACCUCGAGAGCGUCGUUUUGAGAAGCCCGCUGAGGACAAACCUGAGGGAGGUGGCGACUUCUCCAUUGAAAAGCCUUCUGCAGACAGGCCCCCAAGAGGGCGUGGUGGUGGUCGGGGUGGGCGUGGUGGAAGAGGACGCGGUAUGGGCCGAGGAGAUGGCUUUGACUCCCGUGGGAAACGCGACUUUGACAGACACACUGGCAGUGACAAAUCCAAUCAAAAAAGUGAAGAGAAACGUGGUGGCAGCGGAUCACACAACUGGGGUAGCAUGAAGGAAGAAGUGAGUGAGGCUGAACAGACUGUUGCUGCUGAGACAAACCCAGAGGGAGAGGAACAUGCACCUGCUGGCUCUGAAAACAAGGAGAAUGAAGUUGAAGAAGUUAAAAACGAGGGCCCCAAAGAGAUGACCUUGGAUGAGUGGAAGGCCAUGCAGGACAAGGAACGCGCUAAGGUGGAGUUCAACAUCCGUAAACCUAAUGAGGGAGCUGACAGCCAGUGGAAGAAAGGAUAUGUGCUCCACAAAUCCAAGAGUGAAGAUAAGCCUGUCGGUGCUUUGAUUGAUGCCUCAGAGAUGGAAGCCGACUCUCACACUCUGUACCACAAGAGCAUCUCAGACGAAGCUAGUGAUCAUCACUUCCGCAAACCAGCCAACGACAUCACUUCUCAACUGGAGAUCAACUUUGGAGAUCUUGGCCGCCCUGGUCGCGGGCGUGGAGGUGCUCGAGGAGGCAGGGGAGGCCGUGGUGGGGGAAGCAGCAGGACACCACGUGUGGGGGGACGGUCCGAAAAGCCUGGUGGUGCAUCAGUCCCCAACGUGGAUGAUCCUGAGGCCUUCCCGGCUCUGGCCUAAGGCUACUUUUCCACCACCAGCCCAUCCAUCAGCCCUUCCGGGCCCCUCCUCUACGAGGCUUGCAUGCUUACCACAUCUUAAGUAUAUGAGAAAACAGAAAAAAAAAUUUAACGACACAUAAGACUGUCAUCCCAUACCACUUACAACACCAGAGGACUAAAAUUUCACCUGUUUUAAAGGAGAACAAAAGACUAAAAAAAAAAAAAAUUUAAAAA